AUGCGGCGGCGGCGCGCCGGCGGCAGGACCAUGGUUGAACGCGCCAGCAAGUUCGUGCUGGUGGUGGCGGGCUCGGCGUGCUUCAUGCUCAUUCUGUACCAGUACGCAGGCCCGGGGCUGAGCCUGGGCGCGCCCGGCGGCCGCGCGCCGCCCGACGACCUGGACCUCUUCCCCACGCCCGACCCGCACUACGAGAAGAAGUACUACUUUCCGGUGCGCGAGCUGGAGCGCGAGCUGCGCUUCGACAUGAAAGGCGACGACGUGAUCGUCUUCCUGCACAUCCAGAAGACGGGCGGCACCACCUUCGGCCGCCACCUCGUGCAGAACGUGCGUCUCGAGGUGCCCUGCGACUGCCGGCCGGGCCAGAAGAAGUGCACCUGCUACCGGCCCAACCGCCGCGAGACCUGGCUCUUCUCCCGCUUCUCCACCGGCUGGAGCUGCGGGCUGCACGCCGACUGGACGGAGCUCACCAACUGCGUGCCCGGCGUGCUGGACCGCCGCGACCCCGCCGCGCUGCGCACGCCCAGGAAGUUCUACUACAUCACCCUCCUCCGGGACCCUGUGUCUCGCUACCUGAGCGAGUGGCGGCACGUGCAGCGCGGGGCCACGUGGAAGACGUCCCUGCACAUGUGCGACGGGCGCACGCCCACCCCCGAGGAGCUGCCGCCCUGCUACGAGGGCACGGACUGGUCCGGCUGCACGCUGCAGGAGUUCAUGGACUGCCCCUACAACCUGGCCAGCAACCGGCAGGUGCGCAUGCUGGCCGACCUGAGCCUGGUGGGCUGCUACAACCUGUCCUUCAUCCCCGAGGGCAAGCGGGCGCAGCUGCUGCUGGACAGCGCCAAGAAGAACCUGCGGGGCAUGGCCUUCUUUGGCCUGACGGAGUUCCAGCGCAAGACGCAGUACCUGUUCGAGCGGACGUUCAGCCUCAAGUUCAUCCGGCCCUUCAUGCAGUACAACAGCACCCGGGCGGGCGGCGUGGAGGUGGACGAGGACACCGUGCAGCGGAUCGAGGAGCUCAAUGACCUGGACAUGCAGCUCUACGACUACGCCAAGGACCUGUUCCAGCAGCGCUACCAGUACAAGCGGCAGCUGGAGCGCAGGGAGCAGCGCCUGCGGAGCCGCGAGGAGCGGCUGCUGCAUCGAGCCAAAGAGGCGCUGCCGCGGGAGGCGGCCGAAGAGCCGGGCCGCGAGCCCACCGAGGACUACAUGAGCCACAUCGUGGAGAAGUGGUAGUGGCGGCCCCGGCCCCGGGGGAGGCCCUCGGGCGGGCAGGGAGGGCAGGGACAUCAGACAGACAGACAGAGGAGUGGGCGGCUCAGGGGCGCCGUCCAGCCCCGGAUGUGGGGAGCGGCCCAGCCGCUCCCCCGAGGGGAGGUGCGUCCUGAACAGAGACCAGGGACAGGCCACGCUGGCCCACGGGGCUGGUUCUAGUGUCUCCCGGGCCCGGGGUCUGGGAAACCAGCCUGUGCACUCCUGGCUCAGAGGAGAGCGUGCGUGAAGGGUGCCCCAGUCAGGCCUGCACAGACCAGGGCCGGUGGUCCCCACUCUCCAGGCCCCACUCACUUCACAGCAGCUAAACUUUGCAGACAGGAGAAGGACCGCAGCCGAGCGUGGGGGGUGGCCUGCCUGCCCAGGGCAUGUCCAUGCCCACUGCACACACCCAGGCUCCUCUCACCGGCCAGCAGGGGUUCCCCGGGCUCCCGCCGUCCCAGUGGCCUUGCUGCCCCAGGCCUGCAUGAAGCCCCCCUCAGGAACACGGGCCACCCAUUGGGGUGUUGUCAGGGCCACCCUGCUGAAGCCAGGAAGACUGGAGCCCAGCCCCUGGGAGCCCCUCCCUGCUCUGCUUCCUGUUUUGGGUCAGGAGAUCAGGGCACACCUCCUGGCUCCCUACCCCUUUUCCGAAGUCGAAGUCGUGGGACAGAGGAGGCUGUGGAGACGGGUCCAGGAGUGGGGGCUGCGUCCCAGCUGGCCUUUGAAGUGACCACCAGUCAGCCCAGCUCAGACGUGAGGGGAUGGUAACCAUAGGCUCUGCCCUGAUCUUUCUGGCCCCUGGCACUGGCCAGCGGGCUGGCCGGCCCCCACGUGUGGACGGCCAGCUCCACCCCCAUUGGGGAGCACGCCAGGGCCGUGCCUCAGGACCAUGGCGUCCUGGAUGGCCGGGGGAGGGAACUCGGGCUUUCAGGGUCUCCGCUGGGGUGAGAAGUGGCCCGAGGUGGCUCCCCGAUACCCACAUUCACGGCCGUCCCCACCCCAGACUCUCCCUGCAUUUUCCUGCUUCCCCACCCCCAAAAGCUGGUCAGGCCUGUUCCCACAGCCCUGCAGAUCGGAAAAGCCAUGUUCUGAGGCCAAACCAGUGUCUUCCCUGAGCUCGCCCUCCCGAAAUAAGGCCCCGGACUUGGGCUCUAGGGUUGAGUGUGAGCCCCGCAUGGAGAUGGGUGGGUGCCCCUCUCUCCAGGAAAGGAAGCUCAGGCCCGCCUCGAGGGGGCAGUGAGGGCCGUGGCCACCUGGCGAGGGGCCAGCACGGGCAGCAGCCUCACAAGCAGUGCUCUCUGUCCCAGGUUCCCUCUGGCACCCCAACUGCCGUGCCAGGGAGCAAGGAGUGGGGAGCAGGGAGCCCUCACAGCACAGGAGCAGCUGAGUGGGUGUCAGAUGAGGUGACUGCCCAGAGGAAACAGUCAGUCUUUUGGCCCCCUGCACGGGCCACCUCUUCUGUGUCCAGAGGCAGAGCGGCUGGGGGUUGGGGUGGGCCCUGCACCAGCCCAGCCCAGGGCCAUCCCCAGGAGGGCAGUCUUGCUCAGGAGCAUGCCCCCAGGUAGUGUAAUGAAUGGCUCGUGGAAGGAAGGGGGCAGUGUCUGCUCUGAUGCUCAGCAUUGGGGUCCGGCAUGCUCCCUGCGGGAAGGUGGACAUGUUCAUGGGGGCGGGGGAGAGGGUGACUCCAGGGUGUUCUGCCCCAGGCCUGGCUCCAGAUGGCUGUCCUUGAAGUGGUGCUGGGGUACGAGCCGGCCUAGGAUCCGUUCUGUGUGUCGGGGUGUGUUAACCUCAGCCUGUUGUCCAGUCCACCUGGAAACACUCACUGCAUCCGGAAAGCAGGCCCGUCUCAGGCCAGUGUCCAGGCUGAGGUGCCCAGAGGUGGUUCCAGUUGGCAGUUCCCUCAGCCCCUCCGGUCCCCAGACUGGCACUUCACAUGGGGGCUGCCUGCUGGGGGGAGGUUCCUGGUGUCUACAGUGUCUCCGGGCCCAGGGCACAGGGCGGCCCCACCUGGGAGCUCGUCCUCAGCAGGACAGACGGACACAUGCAGACACACAGCCUGCAGCCCUCUCCUGGGAGUGCACCCGGGAUGACAGCUGUCCAACUCAGAACGUUUUCAGGAACUGGACGUGUUAACUUGAACCCAGGAGCAUUUAAAGCUUUAUUUAUUUAUAACUUCUUGUUUUAAAAAAAAGUGUUGAGAAGAAAUCUUUGGUUAUUCCUACAGAACACAAGUUGAUGGAAAACAAGUCAUAAUCACCUAAUUGUUGUGUUUAGGGCAGGAGUGAAUGUUAGCCGAUGAAAUAAACCCUGGAAAGAGC